AUGACUAAAGCCAAGGAGGCCAAACGAUUGGCCGAGCUGCGUAAGGAAGAGGUGGAGGAGAAGAUCCGGAAGGGCGAGGAGGCCUGGCAAAAGGAGCAGACGGAGUGGAAGGAAGAGAGGGCCAAUCUCUCCCUGGCUAAGGAGAAUGCUGAGGCGGCUAAGGUCACGGCCGAAACCAAGCAGGCUCAAGCUGAGAAGGAACUGGAGGAGGUCAAACUCAAACUCUCUGCGGCCGAGGCUCAACUGAAAGAGGCCCAAGCGGCCGUUUCUCGCUCUCGGGAGGAGUGGUUCCAAGCUUGGCAGAAGUCGGAUGACUGUACCGAUUUCUGCGCCGACGUGGGCCAAUCUUCCCAUAAGAUGGGCGAGGACGAGGCGCUUGCUAGGCUUAAGAUAGCCUUUGCUGAUUCCUGUCCCGGGGCCGACUGGAAUUCAGUCUGGUCUCGCUACCAGGAGCUGGCCGAUGCCGACGCAGCGGAGAUUAAGGCCAGGAUGGCUGAAGAGAUGAGCUCGGACAGCGACUCUGACUCUGAUGAUGAAGAGGAAGAUGCUGGUAGCACCGAGCCACCUCCACCAGAGCAACCUGCCGCUGAGCAACCUGCCACUGGUCCUUCUACUUAG